GCUAGGAAAACCUACUACAAAAGAAGCGUAAGAAAACAAGUGAAGAAAAGGUGUAGAAAAUAAAGAAAUAAAAAGCAGAACCAUGGGUCUGGUGGUGAAAGACAGGAAGAAGUUUACUUUUCUGAUAGCAAUUUCCUGAGUCGGCUGACCUAAGACAAAUGGCAAUUCUCAUGAGAUUUCCUUGAGACAGGAAAAGUGGUCGGCUUAAAGCACAGUAGGGAGCUUUGAGAGCUGGCUGGCGAGGGUCACCUGCACACAGGAAUGCGAGGGCCACCGCUUCUUCCAGGACUCUGCUUUCUGCUGAGCUUGUCAGGAGUCCUGGCUCAGAAAUCCAAAGGGACCUGUCCUCAGUGCCCCUUAAAUGCUUCCUGUGUCAAUGGUACUUACUGCACCUGCAACCCUGGAUACACUUCUCAAUCUGGGCAGAAAUUCUUCACAUUCCCCUUGGAGAUAUGUGAAGAUAUUGAUGAAUGUAAACCACCCAUUAGUAUAUAUUGCGGAGUGAAUGCUGAAUGCCAGAAUGUUGAAGGAAGUUUCUACUGCCAUUGUAAUGCUGGGUAUAAACUCCUCUCUGGGAAUGCACACUUCAAUAACUCCAAUGAAAACACUUGUCAGAAAACCACUUCUUCAGACACAACCACAGGCACUAAAGAGCUGCAACAGGUUGUUAAGGACAUUGAGUCACUUCUCACCAAUAAGACUGCAUGGGUAAUGGAAGAGAAAAGAGACAUCGCGUCCAAGGCCACAUUUAUUCUCCAGACUGUGGAAUCAGACGUCAUAAAAACUGCCUUGAGAUCCCCAGACCAAAAAACCCAGAAAGUCCAAAACAGUACUGUGGCUGUUGAAACUCGAGUUGUCACAGACAGUUGUUCCAAGGGAAUCAUCUUCAACUUGAUGGCCCAAAUGAACUCAUUGAGUAUUCACUGCAAUGACAUCACCCAGGGAAACACACAAGGUCCUAGUGCAGUUGCCUUCAUUUCAUACUCUUCCCUUGGGAACAUCAUAAAUGCAACUUUUUUUGAAGAGACGAAUGAGAAAGAUCCAGUUUAUCUGAACUCCCAAGUAGUGAGCGCAGCUGUUGGGCCUGAAAGGAACGUAUCUCUCUCCCAGACUGUGAUUCUGAGUUUUCAGCACGUGAAGAUGAAGCCCCAUGUCAAAAGGACCUUCUGCGUCUACUGGAAAGGCACAAAGGAGGGCGGCCACUGGUCCAGGGAUGGCUGUGUCCUGAUACAAGCGAACAAGACUCACACCACAUGCAACUCCACCCACCUGUCCAGUUUCGCUGUCCUCAUGGCCUUUGACAGCCAGGAGGAGGAUCCUGCACUGGCUGUGAUCACCUACGUGGGGCUGAGCCUCUCUCUGCUGUGCCUCCUCCUGGCGGCCCUCACCUUCCUGCUGUGCAAAGCCAUCCAGAACACCAGCACCUCGCUCCACCUGCAGCUCUCGAUCUGCCUCUUCCUGGCCUACCUGCUCUUCCUCACAGCCAUCGACCGAACCGAGCCCAAGGUGCUGUGCGCCAUCGUAGCCGGUGCCUUACACUACCUCUACCUGGCCGCCUUCACCUGGAUGCUGCUGGAGGGCCUGCACCUCUUCCUCACUGCACGCAACCUGACGGUGGUCAACUACUCCGGUGCGAACAGGUUCAUGAAGUGGUUGAUGUUCCCUGUGGGCUACGGAGUCCCGGCUGUGAUUGUGGCCAUUUCUGCAGCAUCCAGGCCUCAUCUAUAUGGAACACCUGAUCGCUGCUGGCUCCACCUGGAUCAGGGAUUCAUCUGGGGUUUCCUUGGUCCCGUCUGUGCCAUUAUUUGCAUGAAUUUCAUAUUUUUCCUCUUGGUUCUAUGGAUUUUGAAAAGGAAACUUUCCUCUCUCAACAGUGAAGUGUCAACCAUCCAGAAUAUAAGGAUGCUGACACUCAAAGCGAUAGCUCAGGUCUUCAUCUUGGGCUGCACGUGGUUUCUGGGCAUCUUGCAGGUGGGCCCAGCUGCCCGUGUCAUGGCUUACCUCUUCACCAUCAUCAACAGCCUUCAGGGAUUCUUUAUUUUCCUGGUCUACUGCCUCUUCAGCCAGCAGGUCCAAAAGUGGUUUAGAGAGAUCAUAAAAUCUAAAUCUGAGUCUGAGACUCAUACACUUUCCAGCAGGUUUGGCCCUGAUUCAAAACCCAGUGAGGGGAUGUUUUCCAGGGCAAGUGAAGAGAAAAUAUUAAAACUAGAACAUUCAAUUCCACAUGGAAAGUGAUACCUGUGGAUCUGGUUGAUAUCAUGAAGAAUGAAGAUUGGGACAGGAGAAUCAUUACACAUCCCUGGAGAGGAAAUGUUUAACCUUUACUUCCUGAAGUGUUUGUUCUUCAUAAGGGGCUCUCAGUAAAUGUGUGUUCAGUUGGAUUUCUGUUCACUAUGAUGUAUUCAAUCAAGGCUUGUUCCCAGAUAUCCAAAUCAUGACCAUUGCAAGUACUCCCUGUAUUUUUUGUAAAUGAGGAAUCCCGCUCCAAGGCCCUCUUUCAGGUUCUUAGUCUCUCUCAUCCUAAACUCGCUCUUGAAACUCAUCCAGUCCCUCAAACCGUCAGCUUAUUCCAAACCAUCGACUUUACCUCCUUUCUUAUCCAAGCUAAAUUUUGUGACCAACCAUGUCAAAUGAUUCUCACCCAUACUUUCAGCACCUUUGCUUCCUCACUCUGAUUCCAUACAUACCUAGGAAACCCUAAAUCCAGGACUGAUCCAGUCAUAGCAGGCACUGUGUGUUGUCCACUCAGCAGCCAUCACCACCAUCACAUGCUCCUUAUUAACAGAAUCUUGAUUGUUUUCAUAUUUGGGACAGCAAUGUGCCUGGGCUCAGGGGGUCAGUUGAGAUUGGCCUAAGCCUGGUGACUCUCAACUCGAGGUGGUUUCUACCCCCCAUUAGGGACAUUUGGCAAUGUCUGGAGACACUUUUGGUCAUCCUGACUGAGGUAAGGGGUGAUGCUACUGGCAUCUCAGUGAUAGACGCCAGGGAUGCUGCUAAACAUCCUACAAUGCGCAAGACAAUGUCCACAUACACAGCAAGGAAUUAUCCAUCCAUAAAUGUUGGUAGUGCUGAAGCUGAGAAACCCUGAUGAUAUUCCUAUUUGCUAGAAGGUUUAUGAUAGGCAUUUGGACCAAUUCUAGCCAUUGAGAUAUAAGAAACACCUACUGGAACAUACUUUUUCUCCUUUUAAACCCAAGACAAAUUCAAGGAGAGCCUGCCUAUGACUUCUUAGUUUUAGCUGCUAUCAUAUAAUAAUAUGAUGCUUGGAGAAAAGAUAUCAUGGAUGAAAGGAUGGAAGAGUGCAAAGAUAGAAAUAAUCUGGGCUUUUACGAAAUUAUUGUGUUGCUGAACCAACCCUUGGAUUUUUUCAUAUGUAAAACAAAAACCUUUUGUUAAACCACUUUGUGUCAAAUAAUCUGUUACUUGCAGCCCAAAGCAUCCUUCCUUAUGAACCAACUAUGUCUCUUCUCCACUCUCCAUCAAGGCAGUGAGAUCCCAGAAUCUCUCAGGGAGGCCCCACUACAAAUGCAUGCUUUAUGAUCUAAACAAGACCUUCCAGGCUACCUGGAAUUCACUCUUCCCAUCCCUAGUCAACUUCCCCACAUGAGGAGUUCCAGUUUUUCAGUUCUUUCCUCAGUCUGCAUCCCUUUUCUCUAGAUAAGGUAGAAGACAUUGUCUCCUACUUCACAGAGAAAAUAAACACCAGCUGAUGGAAACCCCCUCAACUUUCUGACAUUCCUUACAGUCUACCCGCAUCCAUACCCAUCCUUGCUUCCCCCAUUGAUGCCUGGGGUGUCCUCCUCCAUUCUUCCUCAACGGCAGAGGGGUUUCCUCCUCUUGUUUAAAAGCUAACCUCGCCUUCUUUGCUUUGGAUCCUGUCCCCUCCUGCCUCUUUGGUGACCUUUCUCCAUUUAUUAUCUCCUCUCUCUUCUGAGUCCCCCACCUCUCUCACAUCCUUUCUCCUGAUUCUUCUCCAGUGGCAUUUACAUAUGUUAAAGAUUUGUGAGCAAAUUUUUCCUGUAAAAGGCCAUAUAAUAAAUAUUUUAGAUUUUUCAAGCCAUAUAUAGAGAUAGAUAGAUAGAUAGAUAGAUAGAUAGAUAGAUAGAUAGAUAGAUAGAGGUAGAUAGAUAGACAGGCAAAAUAUAUGUAUGUGAUAUAUGUAUAAAGGGAUAUAUGAGUAUAUCACUUUAGAAGUGUAAAAACCAUUCCUAGCUCACUGGCCAUACAAAACCAGGCUGCAGGCAGGAUUUAACACCACCACCACCCCAGGCUGCAGUUUGCUGGCCCUGUGCUAAAGAAAGAGAGAUGGCAAAUUCUAGGAAAAUGUCACCUGCACACAUCUCAGUUCCUCUCUGCUCUCUACCAUUGUGUAGCUGCCUCUUUGAACCAAAAGUCUGCUGGGACCCAUGGCAGCUGAGUGGGCAUGAGAGUGAUAUCUUUUGGGGAACCCCCAAAGGGAAAUCUGGGGUUGAAAUUUCUCCCCCAUGUACCAGGUGGAAAGUUCUAAGAUAAGAUGAAGAGUGCUCUGGGUGAAAAUCAGACACAGUUCAUCCUCAGAAGAGUCUGCCCCACAGGGGUCCAUGAACCUCCUGGGAUGAAGUCAGCAUCACGGCCAUGUGUGUUUCUUAUCUCUAUGGCCCCCAAGAAUUCCAAAAGGAGCCCUGCUCCUGCAUCUAGAAGAAAGCAAGGAGACUGAGGAGCAAGGAGACACCUCUGCACACCUAAUUAGUACACACAUGGACCCCCUGGAAUGGAGAAUCCAUCUCCUUCCAUCACUUGGGAAAUUGCCACUGCUUAGAGUUCUCAACCCCCAUAUCUGAGCCCCAAAGAAAAUGACAGCCCAUGACAGGUCCCAGCAGCUGAAAAGAGGAUGGUCCAGUAUAACUGUCAUCCAGCAAAAUAGAGCUGCUGGAGCAGACAGAGAACUUUAAACAAGAAUAAUAGCAAUAAGAAUGUAAGGAAAUUCAGGUAUAGUACCAAAAUGCUCUAUGGAACAAUAUUUUUGAGGGAAUAAAUAAAAAGAUAAAUUUUGCUGGGUGAAUUAAAGAAGAGGAUGAUCACCAUCAAGAGCCAAAUUAGUGGGGAAAACACCUCAAAAAACAGAGCAAAAUGCCACAGAAGGAAAAUCAUGAAGGAAAAAAAAUCAAUCUGGGAGACCGAGGAGAUCUAUGGGUGGAGGGGGUUAAAAGAGUAAGGAGGAAGCAUGUUCAGGUGUCUUCCAGCCAAAAAGUCCUCCCUGCUUCAAUAACCAUUCUCUCUCUCUCUUUCUCUUCAUAGCCAAAAUUCUAGAAAAGUUUAUACUCUUCUGUCCCCACUUCCUCCCACCCCUCACUGCUCAGCCUGCUGCAGUCUGAUUUCUGUCUCCAGCACACCCAAGAAUGACUCAAUGUUCCAAAUGCUUCCUCAGUGCUAAGUCCACUGGCUUUUCUAAGUUGAACUUGGGGCCAUAUUUCAUUCUGUUGGUCCUCCUUUCUUCUGUUUUUUUUUAAAUCAAGUAUUUUUAAUUUUUCCAGCUUUAUUGAGAUAUACUUAACAAAUAAAAAUUGUAUAUACUUAA